AUGGGACAUCGGAGCCCUAAUGAAGUCUCUCUACCCAUCGAUAUUCUGUUGCUCAUUGCCGACUAUUUGCGUCCAGGGCACUUGGUCCAGUUCUUACGAGCGAUCCCUGGGAUUGGGCAAUAUUUUGUACCACGACACGUUAGUGACCGAGACACGGAAGGGAAUACUCUCGUUCAUCUACUUGCUGUUGGUGGCGAUGUCGCAUUACUCGAUUUCAUCAGCACGGUUCCCGGCGUAGAACUUGAUCUUCCCAAUUUUUCCGGCGAAACGCCAUUGUGCUUGGCAGCGAAGUUUGGAAAUGAGCAGGUCGCCAAAUUACUUCUGGCGAAAGCUGUUGCAGAUGUGAAUUCAAAAAAUCAUGAAGGCAUGUCACCUCUCGCAUGGGCUGCGUGGAACGGGCACAGUCGAGUAGCCACUGCUCUGAUUCAAUGCAAUGUGGAUGUGAUGGCAAAAAAUAUUUAUGGAUUCUCUCCACUCGCUCUAGCGGCAGAAGAAGGGCGUGAAGUGAUUGUCGGUCUUCUUCUUAAGCACGAGAAGAUUGAGCCAAACGUGCGGACCAAUCAAGCAGCAACACAAACAUCUUUGAGCGCAGGAGAAGGCCGGUCAUUAGCCGCGACUGCUUUGAUGCACCCGCAAGCUGUUGGAGUGAAAUUAGCAGACCUCAGUGGCUUCACACCACUGAUGUUGGCUGCAUUAAGGGGUCACGACUGUAUCGUGGAGUGUCUGCUUCGAAGACAUGAUAUUGAUAUCAACUUGAAGGAUGAUAAAGGUCUCACCGCCAUUGCCCACGCAGCCUCCGAAGGGCAUGAAUCUGUCGUGAUGCAAUUUUUUCGAAGAGCAGAUCUGGAUAUCAACUCGACGGAUGGCAAGCACUAUACCCCUCUAGCGUGGGCCGCGUACAAGGGCCAUCAAAGAGUCGUGGGGAGGCUUCUUCAGCAUCCUGAUAUUCAGGCAGAUUUGGCAGACCAUACGAAUGCCACUGCACUGUCUCUAGCCGCCAGCAAAGGACAUGAUGGAGUUAUAGAAUUGCUAGUCGCACUAGAGUGUGUUAAUCCAAACUCAAAGGAUGAUAGUGGCUAUUCUCCUUUGGCGAUAGCAGUUUACAAUCGUCACACAGCAGCAGUGAAAGUACUGUUCCAAAGAAACGAUUUGGAUGUCAAUAUCCAAGACAACGAUGGCUUCACUCCUCUUAUGUGGGCGGCACAAGAAGGAUACCAAGAUAUGGUCAACCUCCUUCUUCAGCGUCAUGAUAUUCAGCUAUCCCCAAAGUCAAAUGAAGGUUUCACGGCUUUGGCUUUGGCGACAUCUGCAGGCCAUGAAAGUGCAGUGAGGUUGUUGCUACAGCAUGACAGCUCGCAACUGUACACUGUGGACAAAAGCGGCGUUUCGCCGCUCGCUAGGGCGGCAUACAAUGGAGAACUGGGUAUGACAAAAUUGCUCCUUGGGCAAUUUUGUGUAAAGGCGGACUCACGCGACCAUCAGGGUUUUACUCCGCUAACCAGAGCUGCACAGAGAGGUCAUGAACAGAUUGUGCAGCUCCUUCUUGAACGACACGACGUGAAUCCAAAUUCCAAAACGGAUUUAGGCUUCACACCUCUGGCUGUGGCUGCACUGAAAGGGAGCCACAAUGUUACAAGAAUACUGCUUGAUCAACCUGGAGUCGAUGUCAAUUCGAAAGAUGAAAUGAAUUGUACUCCUCUGUCUGGAGCUGCCCAAAGUGGACACACAGCCGUUGUGGAGCAACUCCUUCAAAAAAAAGAUAUAGAGUUGGCAUCAACCGAUGUAAACGGGAUGACAGCCCUUGCAUUUGCCGCCCUCUAUGGUCAUCAAGCGACGGCACGUUGUUUGGUCCGGAAAGGCGCGAUGCAAGUUCAACCCAAAGGGGAGAACAUAAUGGCACCCCUAUCUUGUGCGGUUUCUGGAAGACACAAAGCGAUUGUGAAACUUCUUCUUGAGCAGCCCAAUAUAGAUAUCAAUGCCCCCGACCGCCUGCAGUUAACGCCCCUUGGCCUGGCAGCGCGAGCAGGAUCUCGCAAGAUCGUCAAGCUUUUGCUCGAACGGGAGGAUAUCCAGGUGAACUCGACGGACAACAAUGGUAUGACGCCACUGAUGUGGGCAGCGUCUGGAGGACACGAAGCUGUAAUCAGACAAUUGUUAUGGCGGGCAGAAGUGGAUGCAGACCGCGAAGCGAAUGACGGAAGUACAGCCCUGCUACUAGCCGCUUCAAACGGGCAUACGGAAGUCGUUAGACGACUCCUCACUCGAAAAGAUGUCAAUCCAAACCACCGAUCCGCUUGGGGCGCAACACCGUUAGCACAGGCAUCGCUGAAGGGGCAUGUCCCGGUCAUGAACAUUCUUCUUGGACAUAAGUCUGUUGCGGCAGACCUAGAAGACGAAGAAGGCGCCACACCAUUGUUACUGGCGGCUUGUAAAGGUCACACAGCAGCCAUACAAUUACUACUAUCCCAGGGCGAUGUGAACGUGAACCAUCGAGAUGCUGAUGGAUUGACCGCACUUGCGUUGGCGACAGAAGAAGGCCAUGAGGAGAUAAUAAGGAUACUCCUUAGUCAUCCAGAUAUUGAAAUAGAAGCAAAAGACGAUAUAGGCAAUAGUCCACUGUCUCUCGUGGAGAACUUUGGACGGGUUUGGCAAGCCUGA